AUGCACAAUUUGUUUAAACCUAACGAACAGUUUUCUGAGGAAGAGUUUAAGAGAAAGGCGUUAUCGGGUCAAUUUAAGGUAUUGUCUGAUUUCAAUUCCGCAACCAUUCUAAAAGAAAAUCAAGAAUUGGGAUUACUAACUACUGAACAACAAGCUCCUCCUACCAUAGAAUUUCUUAAACUCGAGAAAAGUUGGUUACAGGCUAAAGAGUUGGCAACGAAACUCCUGAAUGAAAAUCAAGAUCUUAAAACGUUUAUUGAAACUCAAGAGAAUGACUUUUAUGAGAUAUCCGAAAAGAGAGAAAACGAAGUUGAAAUUCUUCAAAACAAAUAUUCCGAAGCCUGUGAAUUGAAUCAAAAAUACCAGCUUACACUUGAAGGUAUCGUUAAAGAUGUUAAAGCCAUCCAAAAGGAAAGCAAUGAGCUCAAAAUCCGUAUUACUGCUGUUGAAAAGGAGAAUCAAGACUUCAAGAAGGAAAAUCAAGACCUCAAAACCCGUAUUACUGAUGUUGAGAAGGAGAACGAAGGCUUUAAAAUCCGUAUUACUAAUGUUGAACAAGAAUUGCAACUUAUGCAAAUUCUUAAUGCCUUAUAA